AUGUCGUUGAACGAGGUGACGCUACGUCUGCUCAGCCCAACUCUGCCGGCGGCGCUCGAUGUCGGCGCCGUCAUCGAGUUUUCACUUCGGAAUGCGCUGAUCCGCGUCUCUGGAUGUGCUAUCAGCCUCAUCACAUCUAACAACCUUUGUGGGUGGUCUUUAUUCUCGGCAGACUUAAAGAUGACUAUCGGGCACGCCGAUCGUCUUAGAAGUGAAAGCGAACCCAGCACCUCAACUCAGGAUGUGAAUUCCGAGCGAUGGUCAUCCUGCUAG